UUUCUUCGUUUCUGUUCAGUUGUUCAGUAGUGUUUACUUUCCUAUCGCACAGUCGGGCGAUUUUCGCUUCCAAGUCCAGUUGGAUUUUGUUAAAUAACUAUGCAAAAAGGUAGAUUUUUACAGUAUUUCAUUUGUUAGAUUGUUUGGAUUCGUGAUGUGAAUCUAUUAGUGAUUAAUUAAUGACCGUUGACGAUUAUUUUCAUUGAAAAUUUAGCACGUAUCGCAUUCCCGCAAUCAAUAUCAGUGCGAUUCGAUAAGCGCCAUAUUUGAUUAUUUGAAUUGAAAUUUUCACCUGUUCAAUGAUAAUUUCGAAAUAGCAGCUGUAUCAACACUAACCAUGUAUUAAACGUAUUGGUUGUACAUGCAUCACCUUGAACUCUCAACUAAGGGUUAUGGAUCUUUCUGAGGCAAUGAAAAUAGCUCUGGCCAAAAGCCACUCGGCACAAGCCGCCGCCCAAGCAGCAGCAGCCGUCGCAGGAAACAGCGCAAAUGUCACCGGUGCUCAUACUAAUGGGGGAGAUCAAUCAGGUGCGGGAUAUGUCACCGAGAAGUUGUAUAUGCUGCUCCAAUUGUAUCUACAGAACAAGGGAUGGAGUCCAUCGGUUGAACUAUUGCAAUGUUUUGCCGAAUUGAAAGAUACACCGGUUCUCCCAAGUGCAGCAUACUUGCAGGUGUUGGCUAGCCGUGUAGCACUCGACAGUCAAGGAAGGUUAGUGCUACGGGAGUCUGGUAAGAUAAUUCUUCCCUAUGAACAUUUUGCCAAUGCAGUGAUGCUGAAGCACAUGUCCGGUCCUCACGGUUUACAUCUGAGUUUGGAAGCGACGGUUCGAGCUGUUUUAGACUCCUAUACGAUCGGUCGAGAAAAUCUAGGAAUGGAAAAAGAAUUUAUAGUGGAAGUUGUACAAUCGUGUCCCAGUCCUGCCUGUCGUUACUAUAAGGGACAGAUGGGAGUCGGUCCUUUUAUUGAACAAUCAUUUAAUCCAGCAACUCAUCUGAAUUCCGAUUAUCUGGCCCAUCUGCAGCAGCUGGGGCAAUCAGGUUUAGAUAUUGGCGCAGUUGAUCCAGCCAGCAAAACAAUGAAUGCUCAAGUGAAAAUGCCAAAAACAAGCCAGCAACAACAAAUCACUGCAGCGAUUAUACAACAGCAGAACCGUGCAAUGGCCCAACAAUCUUUGGAAAAAUUUGGUAGUUUGACAAAUCUUGAGAAACAACGAGUUCUCCAACAGUUGGACAAGAAACACUACGAAGCUGUGCAAGCACAAGUGACCAGUAUGUCACCGCAGUUGGUGCCCAGUAACAACACUAGCACCAUUCAAACUGCUGUGGUCAAUAGCCAACAAGCUGCUGCAGCUACUUUACUUCAGCAGCAGCAGCAGCAGCAGCAACAACAACAACAACAACAGUCUCAAUCAAUCGAUGUUCCUAGAGUUGCUCAACCGGUUCCACUUUCGCAUGUUGCUCAACCACCGGUGCAACAGGUUACACCUAGCCCAUCGCAAAUUGCCGCUCAGUGUCAACUUUCUCAGCCACCGUUGCAAACAGUCAACAUGGACACCGGUCACAAGCUGUCCGACUAUAUGAGGGGGGCCGUUGAUCCGCUGGAAAACAUGUCGACCAGUAAAGAUUUGCUGGCACUGCACAAUGGCGCCUGGACUCAGGAUCGCGGCGAUGGAUUGGCGGUGAGCCAGGAUAAAAUUAUUCGGGCUUUCAGUGAACUGAUGCGCAACAUUUCCCGCAUGAAGACGUUCAUUCGUCCUAGCAUGUGCAAACCGUACGGGAAACAGUCAGAGAGCCUACAGAAAACUCUUUUCGAUACCAUUCAGUUGGUUCAAUCGCUGCGCAAUUGUCUUCCGGCGCCGCACAUCCCUGUGAGCUCGUGGAAAAGUGAAACACACGCUGGUUCGAAUGGUUCCGAAGCCGUCUAGCCUCACUCAUGGAAGGAUAGGGAAUGUGAGAGUUCUGACCGACACAAUUCCACUUACACAAUUAGAACCGUUCGGUAUUAAAAUGAUCUUAGCAAUUAGUGAACAAGAAAAAGAAAACACUGAUCUUACUGAUUUUAAGCACAACAGUAUGUCGACACUUGAAACUUUGUACUAGAUUAAAAUUGAUGCUUUUAAAAACGCAUUUAAUUAGCAUAUAUUUUUUUGUUCCUUUAACGGCAUUUGCUGAACUUGAAAGUUAACUAUUAUUUUAUAAAUGUGAUAAUUUAAAGCUGUUCGCAGUUUAACCGUACUUCUGCUAUUGAGCCGUACUUUAUCGAUUAUAAGAAAUAAUAAAUAAAAUUAUUCACAGCAUGCUUUUUAUAUAACUAAUAGCAAACAUUUCGGUAGUUUUGAUGAGAUGAUUUUUUGUUUCAAGAAAAAAAAUGGCAAUAAAGCUGUGAUAGAGUAAAUCAAUUUCAAAUGAAAAAAGCAAAACAUCGAGAAAAAACAUGGGUUGAUUAACACGUUUGGUAUAUAUAUUUAGGAAAUGUCGAAUUUACUCCUCUAUCAUCAUCAGUCGGUUAAUGUCGGUCAACAGUUUCUUCCACGCCCAUGAAAGUAUUUCACGUUAUUUAUCGUACAGAGCCAGCAGCAAUUGCUCAAAUAACUCGCAGUUUCAAACUAGAAAUAAAAAAACUCCCGAAACGGAAUAUCGAUAUUAUACAUGUGCAAUAAAUAAUAUGACUUAAUGCAUUCAUAUUUCUCGUAGCGAUAGGAAAUUGUCCAUCUCAUACUCGUCAAAUUCAAUAAAAUGUCGAAGCUUCGAAA